AUUCCAGAGGAGCCUGCCUUACCCACAACCUCUGCGUCUCUUCGGUCAAAUGUUGUCGAAAUAUUUGCGGAUGCGCAGCGCGCAAUCACAGGCCAUAGGAAACUUGCCAUUAAGUUGAGGAAAAUUCAGGAAGUUUGCUGUGGACUCCGGGUAUCUAAAGUGGAUGGGAAAAAAGGCUCCCGUCUCAGCGAAAUUCCUGACUUAGCCGGCGGCGGACUUCCAGAAAAGGAGCUAAACAUCGAGAUUUGCCGAUGUUUAAUUCGAGUAGUCCCAGUAAAGAAAGCCGAAGGAGCGGCCGAUAGGGUUAUCAAGUUUCUUGGAACAUUCUUGAAAGCUGCCACUGAUAAAGGUAAGCAUAUCAAUUUGUUGACUGAGUUGAAAAAAUCAAACUAUGGAAUUGACUUAAUUGCUUAGACCUUGAGAUUUAUUCUGACGAUGAUCCCGAUGAGACGCGCGGCUUACCGGAAACCCCUUCUUCGCGGCUUACAUUCACAAUCGUGUCCACACUCAUCCCACUACUUGCCGCAAAGGAUAAGACAGUUAGAUACAGGACGACCCAGAUCAUCUCGCACAUUGUGAAUUCAUUAGAUUCCAUUGAUGACGAACUUUAUAACUUGAUACGCCAGGGACUUGUCAAAAGGAUCAGAGAUAAAGAGCCUACUGUUCGUGUACAAGCAGUUAUGGGACUUGGCAGACUGGCAGGGAAUGAUGAGGAGGAUGAGGAAGGAAACAAUGGAGACAACCCCUCAGCUCUGUUGGAAAAGCUUCUUGAUGUACUUCAAAAUGAUACCAGCGCGGAAGUACGGCGUACACUUCUGCUAAACCUUCCUCUCACUCCAUCAACCUUGCCCUUCCUCCUUGAAAGAGCUCGAGAUGUUGACGGCCCAACUAGACGAGCUCUGUAUACCAGGUUACUACCCACACUUGGCGAUUUCCGCCACCUGUCCCUCUCUAUGCGAGAGAAGCUACUGCGCUGGGGUAUGCGUGAUCGUGAUGACAGUGUCAGAAAGGCGGCUGGACGGCUAUUCUAUGACCGUUGGAUUGAAGACUGCGCAAGUUCGUAUAAAACAGAAGAAGAGGAAGACGGAGAGAGGUCUUCAUCCCCCACAAUUGCCGCUCUCACUGAGCUUUUGGAGCGAAUUGAUGUGGUGAACUCAGGGGUAGACAAUGGAAUUGCUCAUGAGGCCAUGAAGAAUUUUUGGGAAGGAAGACCUGAUUACCGUGAUUCAGUUACCUUUGAUCAUCAAUUCUGGGAGACCUUGACGGCUGAAUCCGCAUUUAUGGCCCGAAGUUUCAAUUCUUUCUGCAGACAGGAGGGCAACGGGAAACUCGAAGACCUAGCCGAUGAAAAAAUCCCCGAAGUCACUGCUAUGGCAUUUUAUCUGCACAAGUACACGAAUGUGCUUCUUACGCGAUUAAACAAUCCCGAGGAUGCAGAGGGAGGAGAGGAGCAGACCAUGGAAUACGAAUUCAUAGUUGAACAGUUGCUCUAUAUUUGCCUCACACUUGAUUACAGUGACGAGGUUGGGCGAAGGAAAAUGUUUUCUCUCCUUCGAGAAACGUUAGCUGUUCCAAACCUCCCUGAAGAGAUUACAAAACUUACAGUUGAGGUCCUACGCUGCGUUUGCAGUCCCAAUGCUGCUGGGGAAGGCGAAUUCUGCAGUGUAGUCCUUGAAGCUGUUGCUGAAGUCCACGACACGAUUGUUUCGGAAGACAGUUUUGUGUCGGCUAAAUCAGAAAUUAGCGAAGACAGUAACCAGCCAGUCCAAAAGGAUAAACGCAAAAGCGGUGCGGGACGAGGCGAUGAUGAAGAUGAAGAUAGCGAGGUGCCUUUUAACAAGGAAGAGGCCAAGGCUAAAGUUCUCAAAGAGAUUGUGGUUAACAUGAAGUGCCUCUACAUUGCGCAGUGCAUGCUUCAAAAUGUGGAGGGAAAUCUUCAAGACAACGUGCACCUCGUAACAAUGUUGAAUAACCUAGUUGUGCCUGCCGUUCGAAGUCAUGAAGCCCCUAUUCGUGAAAGAGGACUUGAAUGUUUAGGGUUAUGCUGUUUGUUAGACAAGUCCCUAGCAGAGGAAAACCUGGGGUUGUUUAUACACUGCUAUACCAAGGGUCAUGAAUCGCUCCAAGAAAUGGCACUCAGAAUUCUCUCCGACAUAAUCACAACUCAUAAUUCGUUACUUGCGCCUGUUGCUUCUGCAAAUGACCCUAACACCGUAACUCCGCCGCCAUUUCAAAAACCAUUAUUGAAGGCCUUCGCAAAAGCCUUGAAGACAUCAAACCUACCUCAUGCUCAAAGUGCAGCUGUUAUUGCGUUGAGCAAGAUGCUCCUCACGAAUGCUCUCUCCCCUUCUAACCCAUCAAUUCCUCCCUCUAUCAAGGAAUUCAAUGAUAAUUCCGUUGCAACCCUCCUACAAGCUCUUGUUCUUGCAUUCUUCAACCCAAGGACGCGAGACAACCUCACUCUCAGGCAAGCCUUGACCUAUUUCUUCCCUGUCUACUGCCAUUCACAUAUCGCCAAUGCCCAGCAUAUGCGAAGGAUUGCGGUUCCGGCCAUCCGCACCGUUCUUGCAGCUGUGGAUGAUUUUUAUGCACUUGAAGCAGAGGAGGAUAGUGAUGGUGAAAUAGAUGGAAGUGUCGGUGAAAAAGAGACGAAGGUACUCAUGUCAGGUGUCGUUGGAAUGUUGACCGAGUGGACCGACGAUCGUCGCAUUAUCGGCCUAGGUGGUGGAGGAGAUCCAUUGGCCCCAGCGAGCCUUUCGAAUAACUCGACACUCCGGCCGAGCGAGAGCCUUCACUUAGCUCUCGCCAAGGAUAUUCUACAACGAGUUCUGGGUGUAGGGGGAUUCGCUACUGCACCACGAGAGGAAAGGAAAUACUUGCUUUCGAUGCUAAGCAAGCUACACUUGCCCACCCCCGCUCCAAUGCCCUCAUCAAGAGCCAGUUCUCGUGUUCCAGAGGGAGCUCCAGAUGAAAGAGAAAGUUUGAGGUCCAGUAUCAGGACUGACAAUAUGACUUCCCAGCUCCAAGAAGAUGACGACGAGCUGCCUCUCCAGGUUAAAGACCUGCUAGAUCAAGCCAUUUCAGCGGGCGUCGCUAGUGAUGCGUCAAGCCGAAAUGCACUUGUGAAAGCAAAGAACUCUAUCCUCAAGUUGCUUGCUGGUAUUAUUAAGCCUUCGGAUAUGGAUUCCAGCACCAUGUCUGCACGGCCUGGAAGACGAGAAAGGGUCCGUGUCAAGGAUGAGCCAAUUGAGGAAGAAGAUGAAAAUGAAGUGACUGUAAUGUCACAGGCGAGCAGGGCCAGUUCAGUAGCAACAAGCAAUAUCAGCCGCAUUGAGGAGGAAGAUGAAGGCGAGGAGACGGAGACGGAAAAGAGACGAUCAUCAGCUCGCAGGUCAGAAAGUGUGGCCAGUACAGCUGAGGGUGAUAAUACAGAGUAA